AGAGACCUGGGCUACGACGAGAGAGAGAGAGAGAGACCUGGGCUGAGAGAAGAGAGAGAGAGACCUGGACUGAGAGAAGAGAGAGAGAGAGACCUGGGCUGCGACGAGAGAGAGAGACCUGGACUGAGAGAAGAGAGAGAGAGAGACCUGGGCUGAGAGAGGAGAGAGAGAGAGACCUGGGCUGAGAGAGAAGGAGAGAGACGUGGACUGAGAGAAGAGAAGGAAGGAGAGUGAGAGAAGGAGAGACAGAGCUGAACUGUGGACCUGUAGACAUAUUAAUGCAGACCUGCUCCCAGGCUGUUGGAGUGUCUGAAUCUGCCCGCCCCUGCCGUCGACCCUGAGGGCGUGGCGUGUGUUCGACCAACCAGAGCCCCGUGGACCCGUGACGUCACUGUGACAUCAUCAUCAUGUUCCCCUCGUCGUCGCCGCUCCUCCUGGCCGCCGUGUUGACGCUGGCGGCCGCUGGCGGCCCCGUCCUGGGGUCGGACGCGGAGACGUGUUUCUCCAGACAGCAUCAGAACGCUGUAGUGAAUGUCCGCCAGGCGCUGGCCAGACCGACCACCGUCAUGGACUCCAGAAUCAGCCAAUCAGAGAGAGACUGUGUUCUGGCCUGCUGCUCAGAGGACGUCAAGCCAGGUAUAAAGUGUACUCUGGCUGUGUUCAACCCUCACAAGCCCUCUGAGCCUCCCAACAACCACAACUGUCAUCUGUUCCACUGCCAGAGUGAGCGGGACUGUCCCCUCCUGGCUGCGGAACAGGGCAUCAACACAUACGACAUCUUCAAAGGUUUGAUUCAUCCCUCCACGGUGAUACCUACUCCACCUUCUACAAUCCAACCAACUACUACUACUACUGCUGCUGCUGCUACUACUACUACUACAACUCCAGCAACUACCAUCAGACCACAACCCACUACUACUACCACCACCACUACACCUACCACCACAACCACACCACAACCCACUACUACCACCACCACUACACCUACCACCACAACCACACCACAACCCACUACUACUACUACUACCACCACUACACCUACCACCACAACCAGACCACAAACACCUACCACCACAACCAGACCACAACCCACUACACCUACCACCACAACCAGACCACAAACCACUACACCUACCACCACAACCAGACCACAACCCACUACACCUACCACCACAACCAGACCACAACCCACUACACCUACCACCACAAUCAGACCACAACCCACUACUACUACUACUACCACCACAACAGCGACACUACAACCUACUACUACUACUACCACUACUACACAACCUACUACCACAACGACACAGCUGACAACCACAACAAAACAACCCUCUUUAAUCAUAGUAACAAUGGCUGUUAUGACACGACCAACUCCAACCGCUACUACAACAACAUCCUGGCCACUAACAGAGGCCCACACUACUCCUACUACAACAACAUCCUGGCCACUAACAGAGGCCCACACUACUCCUACAACAACCACUACCGCACAGAUGAACAGAAAGCCCGAUAAACCUCCCAAAAAAACGAACAAAUCGUCUAAAAAACCCAAACCACAUCCUGCCACUACAAGAACGACGUCUUUACCUGUCUCAACGACACACCGCAGAGAUCCAGACCCCACCGCUCCAGCACCAACACACCGCAGAGAUCCAGACCCCAUCAGAACUACUGAAAAACUCCAGCCAGCCACUGAGCCAGCUACCACCACCACCACCACCACCACCACCACUUCGACUGGUGCUACCACCACCACCACCACUAAGAGCCCAGCGGCCAUUGAGCCCCUGAUCCCAAGGACAACACCGGAAAAAGAGCCGGCGCUGGUGGCCAAGGGGGUCCAGUCAGCCCCAGCCUCCCCAGGGACAGAGGGUCGGGGCGGAGGGAAGGAGGUGGCAGGGCCGGGGGCUCUGAAGAGCUCCCUGGUGGCUGUGGUGGUGGUAGGCCUGGCCAUCCUGACUCUGGUCCUGGCUGUGGUGGGACGUAAGGCCAUGGAGUCGUUUGACCGGCGACACUACACCAGGCUGGAGCUUAACGACCUACACUACGAGGUGUGACUGAACCCUUACACACACUGACACACACACACACACACACAGACACACACAGACACACACACACACACACACACACACACACACACACACACACACACACACACAUCCUGGUUCGCAAAGGGAGAUAAUAAACAAGAAAAGUCCACCUGCAAAAAUAAUAUAUUUCUCUUCAGUUUUCUCUGUUUUAAUUAAAUAGUUUCUUUAACCACAUUUCUAUUAGAUAAGAAACACGUUCAGUUUCGUUUUAAGAGCAUAUCAAUGUACUGUCAUUCAUUACAACACAAUAACAAUAGUGUCGUUGAACAGACCCCUGUUCUAGUAUUCUAGAACAGUAGAGAGAUAUCACAGGGCUCUAGAACAGUAGAGAGAUAUCACAGGGCUCUAGAACAGUAAAGAGAUAUCACAGGGCUCUAGAACAGUAAAGAGAUAUCACAGGGCUCUAGAACAGUAGAGAG